AUGCCCGGCAAACAUCACAAUGAAGCUGUCAUCGGUACCAAAACAGCCGAAUACCUUUCCGAGGAGGAUAUUACACAGCUUGGACGCCUAAAGCGAAGUUUGAAAGUAUCUCCUAUCGCCACAUGCCCCCCGGCGAAAAGAAGCCGUGGGACAAAACCAUGGACUUCCUACACCCUCCACUGUGAGUACUGGUCAGCUGAUGGCCGAGGCACAGAUUCCGGCGAAGGAAGCCUCGUCCAUGAUCACCCACAUACCCUAGCUCUCAAAGUCGCCUACACUACAGCCGCAGAGGGUGCAACUGAAGCAAAGAACCCAAUGAAGGGCGACCACGUCCUAUCCUUCUCCUUUGUAGAUACUCUAACCCGCAAGAAGUUGCAGACAAAGGAUGAUUCUCCUAAGGCCCUAGGCACCACGCCUACCAGAGAAUGCCGGACUACCAUCUGCUUCCUCACCAGCCCAAGGAUCUUUCGCACGACGUCAAAAAUGGCUGUUCAGCUCGGAAACCAGAACACCGUCAUCGGUUCUAUCCGAGUCCGCCAGGACGACAAUGGUAUCACCUGGCUCCACCUUCCAACCGGCAAUGCAGCUAAUCGUGCGUUCCUUCUGGCACUUGCAAUCAAUCCUACUGGCAACCAGAACAACCUUACGUUUCUCGGGGCCUUGGCCAUCAACGAUGAUGAAUGGGCUGUCAUCAGCAUGCCUUUCCAAGACAUUGCCAUUCGUUUCCCGACGGGCGAGAGAGACAGUCCAAUCCUCUACCGCGAGUACUACGCCAAACCUACGCGUCCUACUGCACAACGCAGGCAAAUGAACUUUUGGAUCAAAGAUCACCAAACCAAGACGUCUUCCUAA